CGACAACCCCCAUCACUUAACAAUGGCGACCCAGCAGAACAAGGACAACUGGUCCUCAGAGGCAUAUCAAUCCGCCGCCUCCUUCGUCCCCAAGCUGGCCACGAAGAUUGUCCAAUGGCUUGAUCCCCAGAAAGACGAUGUGAUUCUGGACAUCGGUUGUGGUGAUGGCGUUCUUGAUUUCGAGAUCGCCCAGGUCUUUGAGGGAGGCCGAGGACGCUUGCACGGCGUGGACAGCUCCAGGGCCAUGAUUCAGGCUGCGCAAAAGAAGACAUCGGAUAAUGCGCAUCUGAAAAGCACCUGCACGUUUGAGGUUCUCGACGCAACCGAACUCAUCACCAAAACCCACCUGCACUACGUCCGCUUCAGCAAAGCCUUCUCCAACGCCGCCCUCCACUGGAUCCUGCGUCCCGAAGAAAAGCGAGAAGUCUUCUUCCAGGGCGUCCGCGACGUGCUUGCCCCGGGGGGCGUCUUUGCCUUUGAGAUGGGCGGACUAGGCAACGUGUCGGAGAUCCGGGCCACGCUACUGGCCGCUGUCGGCAGGAGAGUCGGUUUGAAGCGGGCACAGGAGGUGGACCCCUGGUUUUUCCCCGACGAGGAGUGGGUGAGGCAGAUGAUGGAGGAGAAAGUAGGAGGAUGGAAGGUGGAAAAGGUAGAGAGAGAAUGGAGGCCUACAAAUUCCGAUGUGGGUGGCGUGGAGGGAUGGGUGAGAUUGAUGGCUGCUCAGUUUUUGCAGGCACUGGAGAGCGAGGAGGAGAGGGAGGAGGUGGUCAAGGAGGUGGUGGAUGUGCUGGAGGUUGUAUGCGCUAAGCCGGGGGGAGGGUACAUGUAUAGUUAUGUAAGGUUGAGGGUGCUUGCUAGGAAGUUGUGAGGUCAGAUUUUAGGGCUAUUUGGAUGUUAGGGUCAGAUCUAAAGACGUGUUGAAGC